AAGACCCUUUGGCUCAAUAUCCAUAGCCAAGAUCGGAGCCGCGGACCCGCGGCUCCAUGAGAAUCCAGGAUACGGUAGUGAACUUGGGUCGCUCUCUGGUAACGUUUUGUCUUCUCCAUGUAGCUGCAGGCUUAGACAUUGUCCACGUCUUGCACAGAACGAGCUCUGCUUCUUCUGCCAACGUGGUCUCGGAUGUCGCUGGCCGCUUCGCAUCCUUGGUACAGCAGCUUCAUACGCGGGAUGCGGAGCAGUCCCUCCUGGACGCCGCAGAUGCAGCCAGGCAGCGGUCAACAAUCCAAAGGGCCCAGUCCAUGCAGGACAAAGCUUUGCUUGAAGACGCCUAUCAGAUCCAGGAGGAGUCGCGGAUGGAAGAAGAAAAUGCACAAGGCAUGGCGGCCUCCUUUGCCGCGACGUUGCAACAGUUCAGCGGUCAGAGGGAAGGUGCCAACAGUUGCACUGGCCUCACCUGUGGAGGCAACGGGUAUUGCGAUGAAAGCCAAGAAGGAGCCCGCUGUCGCUGCAAGGCUGGCUACGAGGGUACGGGGCUCGUGUGCAACCCGGCGAGUGCCUUCGUGGAGCGGCCGCUGAUCUCCGGGUCGCCGGGCACCAAACAGCCCGAGGUGGCUGACCUGUAUGUCACCAGCCUGCGUGACAACGGCGUAGCUGUGGUCUUCCGUGACAUCUCAAGGCAGAACAGUGGCUUUUUGGUGAUAGGCCUUGCACAGGACAGUGGCAUGCGCUGGAGUGCUCCAUCGCUGCUGAGCCAGUCCGCCGUGUUCGGCCCGGUACUCGCAGAGCUGGAGGCCCCCAAUCGCCUGGCGAUCGCUUUUAGGACCGCGGAUCGAGGCGGUGAUGGCGUUCUGGUGGGCGCCAGGCGUGAUGCUGACAACCGGAUCACGUUGGGCGCUCCACGUGUGUUUGCCCACUACCAGGCUCAAACCAUGGCGCUGCUAGCUUUGCCGCAAUCGAGGGUGGUGGUCCUUUUCAGUGAGCAUCAACCAAGCAAGGCAGCUUCUGGAAAAAUGGAGCAUUUUGGCACGUCCCUUCUGGCAGAGAUCAUGGAUGAGAGAUCAGGGCAGAUGGCGCCGCGCGUCUUGGGGAAGUAUCACUUCGCCCAGACUCGGGUCUCGCGGCUUAGCGCCGCCCCACUCUCGUCGAAGACCUUUGCCAUUGCCUACCGAGAACUCCCUGACAAGGCGGACAGCCCGUCCAGAGAAGCCAGUGUUGCCCUAGCGGAGCUUUGGGGAUCGGAGUUGGUCUUCACCACGAAGCCCAUGUCCCUGGAGCCGCGAGAGCAGAUCUGGGCACGUUCCGUGGCUGGCCUUGGCGAUGGCGCCUUUGCCUAUACCUACCACAGCGGAAAGGAAGAGGUGACUAAGCAGGUGGUGCUUCGCUUGAAUGCGGCCCACCGGUUAGAAGUGCUUCAAGAGCCGCGGGUGAUUGCCUCGGGUUUCAGCCCAUUUGUCAGCACCGUGAGCACGGUGCAGCGGGAUGAGGCGCAGCCAGCUCAAGGACAUCGGCUCUUCACCUUCCUUGGUGGGGAUCAAGGCGCCAAAGGCCGAGGGCGCCUGUGCGGAGUGAAUGAACAGGGUCUGCCAGAUCAUUGCCAAGAUGUCGGAAGUUCGGAGAAAGAGGUGCUGGCGGUGGCCGCCACUCUCUUGAGUGACCAGCGAGUGUUUCUCCUAACCAGCUCUGCCUCUGGGGUUCCCUACUACACCUUGGUUGGCUUGGCGCCAUGAGUUAGAUCCACAGCAGGAGAUGGCAAAGGGCACUACUAGGU